AUGGCCACCCCUAGUGUCCUAGCCUUUGACGCUGAGGGUCGCGCCAUUGAUUUCGAGGUCUGGCUAGAUGACCUGCAACUGUUCUUACAGUGCGACAGAGCUGACGGCCUUUCUCUCUUUGACCUCACCUCUGGCGCCUCUCCUGCUCCUGCUGCUGAUGCUGAUUCCACUGUCCGCUCCCAGUGGGCCACCCGCGAUGCUGCUGCACGUCUUGCUGUGCGUCGCCACCUCCCUACCUCUGAGCGCGCGCACUUUAGUCAGUACAAGAGUGCUCAGACCUUGUACGACGCUGUAGUUGCGCGCUACUCCUCCCCUGCCACUGCUGCACCGACUCGUCUCAUGCUUCCCUACCUCUUUCCUGACCUCUCUGCCUUUCCCACUGUCGCUGACCUCAUUACGCACCUCCGCACUAGUGACACUCGCUACCGCGCCGCCCUUCCUGCUGAGUUCUGCGCUAAGAACCCCCCCCCCAUGUACAUCACUCUCUACUACGUAGUCGCGCGCCUCCCUGACUCCCUUCGUGUAGUCAGGGACCAGGGUGCUCUCCUUCACCCUUGCUGCCCUCUAUUGCCUCUGCUGCCGCUGCCGACCUGCUUGGUCUUGAGUCGGUCGGCGCGGCGUCUGCCCCUAGUGGGAGACGUCGCUCCAGCAGGAACAAGGGAAGCAGGGGCGCGAGUGGAGCUGGAGGGAGCGGUGGAGGUGGCGGAGGUGGCGGCGGUGGGAGUGGGGGUGGCGGCGGGAGUAGUGGUGGUGGUGGUGGUGGUGGUGGCAGCAGCGGCGGAGACGGUGGUGGUGGUGGCGGCGGUGGUGGAGGUGGCAGCGGCGGAGGUGGGGGCGGAGGAGGUGGAGGCGGUGGAGGUGGUGGAGGCGGUGGAGGCGGCGGCGGAGGAGCAGGAGGUUGUGGAGGGAGCGGAGCUGGCCGGGGUGGCACCCAGCAGCGUGGUGGCGGUGGUGGUGGCCAGCGCUCGCAGCGGCAGCAGCAGCAGCGCUCGCGUCGCAUGCUUGUGUCCGGACGCAUGCUUGUGUUCGGACGCAUGA